CCACGGAUUGGCUGACUGGGGCGCAGCUUGAUGGCGUCGGGCUGGUGAGCUGCGGUCCCGCGGGUGGACCCGGGGCGAAGGCCGCCUGUGUGAGAGGGCCAGUGGCCCAAGCUCUCUGCGGACACGGGGAGGGGGAAUCGGGGGCACUAGGCCUCCCUACACUUCGCCAUGAGUUUCCUGAUCGACUCCAGUAUCAUGAUUACCUCCCAGAUACUUUUCUUUGGAUUUGGAUGGCUUUUCUUCAUGCGCCAACUGUUUAAGGACUAUGAAGUACGUCAAUACGUGGUACAGGUGAUCUUCUCUGUGACUUUUGCAUUUUCGUGCACCAUGUUUGAGCUCAUCAUCUUUGAAAUCUUAAAAGUAUUGAAUAGCAGUUCCCGUUAUUUUCACUGGAAAAUGAACCUGUGCGUAAUCCUUCUGAUCCUGGUGUUCAUGGUGCCUUUUUACAUUGGCUAUUUUAUUGUGAGCAACAUCCGACUAUUGCAUAGGCAGCGACUGCUCUUCUCCUGUCUCCUGUGGUUGACCUUCAUGUACUUCUUCUGGAAACUAGGAGACCCAUUUCCCAUUCUCAGCCCGAAACAUGGGAUUUUGUCCAUAGAACAGCUCAUCAGCCGGGUAGGUGUGAUCGGUGUGACUCUCAUGGCUCUUCUUUCUGGAUUUGGUGCUGUCAACUGCCCAUACACGUACAUGUCCUACUUCCUCAGAAAUGUGACUGAUGCAGAUAUCCUCGCCCUGGAACGGCGACUGCUCCAAACCAUGGACAUGAUCAUCAGCAAAAAGAAAAGGAUGGCAAUGACACGGAGAACUAUGUUCCAGAAGGGGGAGGUGCAUAACAAACCAUCAGGAUUCUGGGGAAUGAUAAAAAGUGUUACCACUUCAGCACCAGGAAGUGAAAAUCUCACUCUUAUCCAACAGGAAGUGGACGCUUUGGAAGAACUAAGCAGGCAGCUUUUUCUGGAAACAGCUGAUCUGUAUGCUACCAAGGAGAGAAUAGAAUAUUCCAAAACAUUUAAGGGAAAAUACUUCAAUUUUCUGGGUUACUUUUUCUCUAUUUACUGUGUUUGGAAAAUUUUCAUGGCAACGAUUAAUAUCGUUUUUGACCGGGUUGGGAAAACUGAUCCUGUCACAAGAGGCAUUGAGAUCACUGUGAAUUAUCUGGGGAUCCAAUUUGAUGUGAAGUUCUGGUCUCAACACAUUUCCUUCAUUCUGGUUGGAAUCAUCAUCGUUACAUCUAUCCGAGGACUGCUGAUCACUCUUACCAAGUUCUUUUAUGCCAUCUCUAGCAGUAAGUCCUCCAACGUCAUUGUCCUGCUGUUAGCACAGAUAAUGGGCAUGUACUUUGUCUCCUCUGUGCUGCUGAUUCGAAUGAGCAUGCCUCUAGAAUAUCGUACCAUAAUCACCGAAGUCCUGGGGGAGCUACAGUUCAACUUCUAUCACCGUUGGUUUGAUGUGAUCUUCCUGGUCAGUGCUCUCUCCAGCAUACUGUUCCUCUAUUUGGCUCACAAACAGGCACCAGAGAAGCAUAUGGCACCUUGAACUCAUGCCUGUUACAGACUGCUACGGGCCAGUAGCGUCAGAAUUUGGAUUUAAGAGAAAACAAUGGAGGGGACCAGGGCCUAAUAUUUUUUAAACAAUCAAAACACUGAGGUAGCAGAUUCUACCUCCAGCUUAUGCCUUCCUCCUCAGCUGAUACUGUGAUCAUGUAGCAUUAGCUAGAACAUGAGCGUGAAGUAAACUCAAGCUAGCCCUCAGCGGAGCGCAUCCCACGUGGGUUUGAGGCUGAUGCAGCAUGGCGGAAGAGGGGUGGAAAAGAGCCAAGAAACUAGUCUGGGAGAAUACACUGGAGCCCUAGGGUAAGGGGAAGUCUGAGGUAGCUGGGCCAAACACACAGGAUCUCUGUCAAGGCUCACACGGAGGAGGUUCUGGCUUUCCCUUAAGAUUGACAAUCAUUAAAAUCAGAUUGGAACCCUUUG